ACUCAGUUUCACGGCGGCUCCCCCUCCUUCGGAUCAGGCACUGCCGUUCUGCUCCCUUUUUCAUCUCUGGAUCUCAGGAACAGUUAGACAUUAAAAAUGAGCAAGUACGGCCUACAACUUAGAGUUAAGCCAUCACAGCAGAAACAGCCUACAAGACCGCCCCUUCCUGCUCCUCUUGGAUUUCAAGACGACGACGACGACGAUGUAGAGAGAGAGAUAUCCCGACAAGCUUCCAAGAAUAAGGCACUUAAGGAUAUCGAGGAGCAACACAAGAAAGCACUAGCGGAAGAUCCGUCGGUUUUCGAUUACGAUGGAGUCUACGAUGAAAUGAAAGAAAAGGCUGUUCUACCUCGAGCAUAUGAUCGUGAAGAGCGAAAGCCAAAGUAUAUUCAAAAUUUGAUGAAGAAGGCAAAAGAGCGAGAGAGAGAACAGGAAGUUAUAUAUGAAAGAAAACUAGCCAAGGAGAGAAGCAAAGAUGAUCAUCUUUAUGCUGGUAAGGACAAAUUCGUCACUAGUGCCUACAAAAAGAAACUUGCAGAACAAGCUAAGUGGAUGGAGGAAGAACGUCUUCGACAACUUCGAGAGGAGAAAGACGAUGUUACCAAGAAGAGCGACAUUAGCGACUUUUACUUCAACCUUCAAAAGAAUAUUGCCUACGGUGCCGGUAAUGCAGUCGAGCCGAGGGAACCUCCACAGAAGCUUCAAUCAGAGAAGCAGGCUGAAGUCCAGAAAUUGAAGAAGCAUGAAGAGAGUGCUAAUGCCGAUAUCGUUAAUGAUCAUCAGUCACCGAAAUACCCCAGCUCGCCUUCCCAGUCAGCAAAGACAAUAGAACAGGAUCGUCACCUCGAAGAGCACCUUUCGAAUUCAAACAAAACAACACCGUCUGAUGUACGAGGUACUAGCCCCCCUCCAUUACACAAUAGAACUCCAGUUGAGAAACAGCCCGAACAUGACCAAGGUGAACAACAACCAAAGCGCGAUCAUCAUAAAAGAAGUGAAGAUGCUGUCGCUGCUGCAAAAGAGCGAUUUUUGGCUCGAAAAAGAACAAAGGAGGUGUGAAAUACUUAACCUGGAUGGAUUAAACUGAGGACAAAUAUGUAAAUGUUAUUGUUCUAUGGAUGAUAGUUGAUAGUUAUGUUCUUAAUGGUCAAAUUUAUCUUGGAUCUCUGGCUUUGACAUCA